AAGAGCCUUGGCGCCAGUGUGGUGCUGAAUGUGUUCUUUCACAGGUGUUAAGUACUCAUCGAGCUAAGAUUGCGGCUUUCUUCUUUUAUGCAGCUAGCGAAAUGCGGGCGCCGCUCUGUCUCGGAAAACUUUGAACUGCACGGAUUUUGCAGCUCUAUCCACCUUGUUUAUUAUAUUUUCGAAUGAUGGCUGUUCCCGUCUUCUUUUGCCUCAUAUUCCUCCUCUUGCCGUUCGUAGUGCGAUCUGGAACACCUAUUCUCCCUCUACCUGACCUUCUCCAACCGAAAAGGCUGGACAAAUAUCCGUCACCUACCGAUUCCGAUUUGCAUAUUCCUUCUCUUCGAAAGAAGUUGGGUGAAUACUACGAGCCAGCACUUAUGUCGAUACAACCCAAGUUUUCUGUUAGGUGGAAGAAAAGUAUGAUAGUAGCUCAUAGAAUCGGAAGUAGAUUACGGAGAGCCGUACUGAACAUACGAGGUCUAAACGGAAAGAAGAAACGGAAAUUGUUGAAAAGUCUGGCAAGGAUUACUCGUUGCCAGUUAUACGAACGAUGGGAAGAUUUGGGCGAACGCUACUGGCCAAGGUGGGUUAAACAGACAACUUGCGAACGUACAAGGAAAAAGUCAUGUUCUAUUCCAACUGGAAUGUAUUGUACUGACGGAAAGACGGUUUCGUACAAAUUAUUGUAUUGGUAUUGCGAAACCACAAAAGUUUGCAAUUGGGUGAAAAUUAUUUGGCCCGUUACUACAAAGUGCACAUGCGCUUGCUCGAAUUAUUAG